UAUGAAGACGUGCUGCACCACUGCUAACCGCUCAUCCUGAUCGAGCCCUUCUCACUAGCUUCUGUGGAGGAGGGGUGAGACAGCCUAUGAGUGCUGCUUGGAGCCCUUUUUUUGUGGAUCAUAGACAAACUACAGGACAGCACAAUGGCUCAAGUGGACUCAGAGUUUGGUGUGAAGGGCAGCAGCAUCAUCAGAGAAUGGAGUGGACAGGUCCAGCCUGCUCUGGUUGCCUCCUUUGUUUUCCUCUUCUGUCUGGAAGCCUGUCUGUGGGUUAGGAACCUCAGGCUCAAGAGAAGACUGCCGGGACCCUUUGCCUGGCCCGUGGUGGGCAAUGCCAUGCAGCUGGGCCAGAUGCCUCACAUCACCUUUGCUAAGCUAGCCAAAAAAUAUGGCAACGUGUACCAGAUACGACUAGGCUGCAGUGAUAUUGUGGUUCUGAAUGGAGACAAGGCGAUACGUCAGGCUCUGAUACAGCACAGCACAGAGUUUGCAGGCAGACCAAACUUUGUCUCUUUUCAGGCUGUCUCAGGGGGGAAAAGUAUGACUUUCACCAAUUACAGCAAACAGUGGAAGAUGCACAGGAAAAUUGCUCAAUCAACGAUCAGAGCAUUCUCAUCUGCCAACAGCCAGACCAAAAAAGCCUUUGAGCAGCAAAUUGUGGCUGAAGCCACAGAGCUAGUUGAGAUUUUCCUUAAACUCAGUGCUCAGGGCCAGUAUUUUAACCCCGCUCAUGAGCUGACAGUAGCUGCAGCUAAUGUGAUUUGUGCCUUGUGCUUUGGAAAACGUUAUGGACAUGAUGAUGUUGAGUUCAGAGCCUUGUUAGAAAGGGUAGAUCAGUUUGGACAGACGGUAGGGGCUGGCAGCUUGGUGGACGUGAUGCCAUGGCUUCAGUCUUUCCCCAAUCCAGUUCGCAGCGUCUUUAAAAACUUCAAAGACCUGAAUCAAGAGUUCUUUGGCUUUGUCCAGAACAAAGUAAAGGAGCACAGAGACACAUUUGAUCCAGAGGUAAUGAGGGAUAUGAGUGAUGCCAUCAUUGGUGUCAUUGACAAAGCUGACAGUGGCAACGGACUCACCAAAGGCCACACAGAAGGGACGGUGUCAGACCUGAUUGGGGCAGGUCUAGAUACUGUUUCCACGGCUCUUCACUGGAUUGUCCUUCUUCUGGCCAAACACCCUGAAAUCCAAGCCAAACUCCACAAGCUCAUAGACAAAGUGGUGGGCCCAAACAGACUGCCUUCAACUGAGGACAGAAGCAGCCUGAUAUACCUGGAUGCCUUCAUCUAUGAAACAAUGCGCUUCACCAGCUUCGUCCCUGUCACCAUCCCACACUCCACAACCUCAGACGUCACUGUUGAUGGUCUCCACAUCCCCAAAGACACAGUUGUCUUCAUCAAUCAGUGGUCCGUCAACCAUGACCCCCUGAAGUGGAAGGAUCCACAUGUCUUUGACCCCUCACGCUUCCUGGAUGAAAAUGGCUCCCUAGACAAGGAUCUCACCAACAAUGUUAUGAUCUUCUCAGCAGGGAAGAGAAGAUGUAUUGGUGACCAGAUCGCCAAGGUCGAGAUAUUUUUGUUCUUUGCAAUUCUUCUCCACCAAUGCAGCUUUGAGAAAUGCCCCAAUGAGGACCUGUCCUUAAACUGCUCAUAUGGUUUAACACUGAAGCCGUUAGAUUACAAGAUCACUGCCAAACUCAGGGGAGAACUACUUAAAGGCCAAUAAAAAGCUGUUUGGUUAUGGGUUCAUCAAUUAAAGAACAGCAUUGCAAAUGAGGUAUGUGUUCUAAAAUAAAUAUUUAUGCCUUGUGUCACAGAGGAUUUUUACUUAACAGGCUUUAAUUAACUCAAAAAAACUGAAGAUAAACUUUCUUACUUCUGCUGACAUUUCACUCAGUAACAAAAUAUUAUUAGUUUCUGUAUUAAAACUACGCAUCCCGAUAACGGCAUUAGAUAGCAAAGGCAAUUUUACUCCUCAGCUGUGACCAACUGUGACUGUAAGUGACUGAGAAAACCUACAUGUAUCUGUACUGCAUCAUGUAGGAAACAGAAAAAAAAUGUCAUGAAAGCUUUGAUGUGGUUGCCCAAAACCACAAUUCAUAAUAAACCUUAAGUAUGUAUUGUUAUUUAUAUGAGGGUAUUUAGCGAAGUUUCCCUUAAAUUGUAAUAUAAACCAGUGGUGAUGAAUAAAUUUCUCUAUAAGUGCUUUUUUUCACUGCUGGGGAGAAAUCAUGGCCAAGCUGUGUGGUCUCGACUGACCAAUUAUUCACCCAGACACUCAUUUAUCUUCCUAUGUACUGAACCUUUUUUGUUUGAGCUCAGUACAAAUGCAGCGUGCAUGUCAUCUACAUUCAUGUACUCUUAAAUCAUGCAUAAUACUGUUGUAUUCAAUAAACUGUCUAAAAGCCACUAAUUUAACUGUCUUAGUUCUUUAGUACACAUAAUACAUCACUGCGCAACGUGGUUCAUAAAGCAUACCACAUUGUCUGAGUAAUGAGCUGUAUAGAAAAGCUAAAUAAUGUUUUCAUAAUGAACAUGACCCUGUGUGAUAUGGUCUGUACUCAACGGUGUGAGUAAAACCUUGAAUGUACAAUAAACAUUUU